AUGGCUGACGAGGAAGAUCUAAAUCCGCAACAGACAGAAAAGUUGAUCCAGUUUCAGGAUUUGACGGGAAUGGAAAAUAUUGAAAGAUGCAGAGAAAUUUUACAGAGACAUUCUUGGAAUUUAGAGACUGCUGUACAAGAUACAUUCAAUGAAAGAGAAGGUGCCCCAACUGUUUUUAAUCAACCUACUCCAGAACCAAGGGUUCCUGCAUUAAAUCUGCAACCUAGAGGACAAAGAGUCUUCACAGUUGGAAGACAACCACCUCAAGGAAUAAUGCAAUGGGGAUAUUUUAUAAUAUUGUUUCCAUUUCGUUUUGUAUACAGUACUUUCUAUGAUAUAUUAUUAUUUGUGUAUAGAUUAUUACGUCCAGAUCCACGUAGAAAUGUGACAGAUCCAAUUGGUGAUGUUGUGCGAUUCAUAGAAAAGUUCAACCAAACAUACGGACCUACACACCCUGUAUUCUAUCAAGGAACAUAUAGUCAAGCGCUAACUGAUGCUAAGAAAGAAUUGAAGUUUUUGUUAGUCUAUUUACAUGGAGAUAAUCAUCAAGAUACAGAUACCUUCUGCAGAAGCACAUUAUGUAACACAGAUGUUAUUGAAUUCUUAAAUUCAAGAUUGUUAUUCUGGUCCUGUAAUACCAAUAGUCCUGAAGGUUAUAGAGUUUCUCAAGCAUUAAGAGAAAAUACCUACCCUUUUCUAGCUUUAAUAGUUUUACGUGAAAGCAAAAUGUCAGUGGUUGCUCGAAUAGAAGGACCCAUUGGUCCAGAAGAACUUGUACAAAGAUUAGAAAGAGUCAUGUCAGACAAUGAAACCUCUUUAGCCGUAGCAAGGGCAGAUAGAGAAGAAAGAAGCUUUAACCAGACAUUAAGACAACAACAAGAUGAGGCAUAUUUAGAAUCCUUAAGAGCUGAUCAAGAGAAAGAGCGUAAAAAACGUGAAGAGAGGGAACAACUUGAAAGACAGGAAAUGGAGGAAUUAGAAGCGAAUAAUGAAAGAUUGCGUUCCUUAGAGGAAAAGGACCGCCGUAAAGAGGAAAUGAGAAGUCAAUUACCCAAUGAACCAGAUGAUGAUUCUAAUUCAAUACGACUUCUGUUAAAAACUCCCAGUGGCAAACGUAUAGAACGCAAAUUUCACAAGUCAGAUUCCAUGAAGCAUUUACAUGAUUAUGUUUUUUGUCAUGAAGAAUGUCCUGAUGAUUUCCAAAUAGUCACUAACUUUCCACGAAGGACAUUACCCUGUGCCCCUAGUGAAAAUAAUCCUAACCCUCCUUCAUUUGAAGAGUUCGGAUUAGGAAAGACAGAAAUGUUAUUUGUUCAUGAUAAUGAGGCCUAG